AUGACCACGGCCAAGGUGUCGCGGAAAUUUUGUCGACGCCGGUCUUGGUCAUGGCCCGCGCCAGCCGUCGCCGAUAUCGCCGGGAGGGUCCACGGAUCCACGGAUGACCAGGCGGACGAUGGCCAAGAUUGGCACCGGCAUUUCCGCGUUCAGCCUCGGUCCUGGCCACCGUUUUCCUUCCCUCCGGUCGCCGUGGGGGGAGAGGCCACGGACGCCAUCGAGGAGCGCUCCGAGAGGCUGGCCGAGGAGAAGCAGCAGCGGCCGCGCCAGCAGGCCUCGCCUGCGCGCUCGCGAGGAGCCGCCCGCUCUCGACGCCUGAUGGCGGGCUGCGGGCGCGCUUGCCCGCUCUUGGGCAGCUCCCCCGGACGCGCGUCAUGCUUAUAA